AUGGAUUCCUCCGGCGGCGGUGGCGGAGCGCAGAUCAAGGGUAUGGCGACGCACGGGGGCCGCUACGUGCUGUACAACGUGUACGGAAACCUCUUCGAGGUCUCCUCCAAGUACGCCCAGCCCAUCCGCCCCAUCGGCCGGGGCGCCUACGGCAUUGUCUGGAUGGAUGACAGUAUUCCAUCAUCUGGAUUUUCAUGGUUGACAUAUAAAGCGAAGUGGAGAUGUGGGGUUGAAUUAGAGAUGAUCCUUGCGUUAAAGGAUGUAAUACGCCCCCCAACUAGAGAGAACUUUAAUGACGUGUACAUUGUUACUGAGUUAAUGGAUACAGAUCUCCAUCAGAUCAUACGCUCAAAUCAGCCAUUGACUGAUGAUCAUUGCCAGUACUUCUUGUAUCAGUUGCUAAGAGGGCUCAAAUAUGUGCACUCAGCAAAUAUAUUGCACCGCGAUCUAAAGCCGAGCAAUUUGUUCCUAAAUGCAAAUUGUGACCUCAAGAUCGCAGACUUUGGGCUUGCAAGGACCACCUCGGAGACAGAUCUCAUGACAGAGUAUGUGGUCACUCGUUGGUACAGGGCACCAGAGCUGCUGUUGAACUGUUCGCAGUAUACUGCUGCCAUUGAUGUCUGGUCAGUUGGAUGCAUACUAGGUGAAAUUGUUACUCGCCAACCCCUGUUUCCUGGACGGGAUUACAUCCAGCAAUUAAAAUUGAUCACUGAGCUCAUAGGCUCACCAGACGAUGCAAGCCUGGGAUUCCUUCGAAGUGAUAAUGCAAAAAGAUACAUGAAACAACUACCACAGUUUCCAAGGCAGGACUUCCGCCUGCAUUUCCGCAACAUGUCUCCUGGUGCAGUCGAUUUGUUGGAGAGAAUGCUUGUGUUUGAUCCAAGCAGACGGAUUACAGUUGAUGAGGCUCUGCAUCACCCAUACUUGGCUUCACUUCAUGACAUCAAUGAAGAACCUACCUGCCCUGCACCUUUCAGCUUUGAUUUUGAGCAGCCAUCCUUUACAGAAGUCCAUAUAAAAGAACUUAUCUGGAGGGAAUCUUUAGCAUUUAACCCGGAUCCUCCCUACUAA